AUGACUAUCAAUCCAGGCUGCGGACUAGACGGCUGCGCGGUCGUCGGUCUUCAACACAACGUGACCCGCGGCGACUCCGUCUUCCUCCCCACCACCGACAACCACGCCGGGGGGCUGACCCUCGACGAGGAGGUGGUGAUCAUGCCAGACCCGGCCAACGACGGCAACGUCAACCCGCCCGCAGCGGGUGCGCCUGCGCCGCGCACCACCCGCAGCCGCGGCGGCGUCUCGACGGGCGAGUACAACAACAUGCUCAACGCCCGCCUCGCCGCCAAUGCCACGCCCUUCGGCAUCUGGGCGGCUGCGGCGGCCGCAUCCCCAUCGUCGUCGGUCUACCGCAACACCACGGACCAGUGCGUCGCGUACAUGUCGAGC